CAGAUCAACUCAGACAAUGAAAAACUAUUCUGGAAUGGUCAAAAGACGGCCAAAAAUGGUGUUGGAAUUUUUGUCAAAGAGCCGCUAGCCCAAGAAGUACUGGAUAUUAAAAGGAUUAAUUCACGACUCAUGUGGAUCAAGCUUCGCCUAGAAAAGCAAACAAUGACUAUGUUUUCUGCAUACGCACCAGAGACAGGCAAAUCAGAAGAGAUGAAAAAUGACUUUUGGGCUGCGUUCUCUAACACCAUCUCAACAAUACCAAAAUCUGAAACAAUCCUGAUUGGAGGCGAUCUCAAUGGUCACGUUGGA